AUGAAUCUUAUAGAAUAUGCCCAUUUUUUAAUUAUUUCACUAUUCACCUUCAACUUUUGCUUCCAGCGGAUAAACUCCGACGACAACGGAGGCUGGGAGAGAGGCCAUGCCACUUUCUACGGUGGAGCUGAUGCAUCCGGAACAAUGGGAGGUGCGUGUGGGUACGGUAACUUGUACAACCAAGGCUACGGACUACAAACCGCGGCGCUGAGCACGGCUUUGUUCCAAAGCGGCCAGACGUGUGGGGCUUGUUUUGAGCUACGUUGUGAGGAUGAUGAUCAGUGGUGCCUCCCUGGUUCCAUCAUCGUCUCUGCUACAAACUUCUGUCCUCCAAACUUUGCCUUAGCCAACGAUAAUGGUGGUUGGUGCAAUCCUCCCCUCCAGCACUUUGACUUGGCCCAGCCCGCCUUCCUUCAGAUCGCUCAGUACCGAGCUGGGAUCGUUCCUGUCGCAUUCAGAAGGGUUCAAUGUGAGAAACCUGGAGGGAUAAGGUUCACGAUAAACGGGAAUUCAUACUUCGACCUCGUGCUGAUCACAAACGUGGGUGGUGCUGGAGAAGUUAAGGCCGUAGCUUUGAAAGGCUCAAAGACUAAUCAAUGGCAAUCCAUGUCCAGAAACUGGGGACAGAACUGGCAAAGCAACACUUACCUCAGAGGUCAAAGUCUCUCUUUUCAAGUCACUGCGAGCGAUGGUCGGAGUGUUGUGAGCUAUGAUGUUGUCCCUGAGGAUUGGCAAUUCGGUCAAACUUUUGAAGGAGCACAAUUCUAG